GCCUCCCGGAGCUCAUUCUCCACACAGGCUGCCCCAACGCUGUCCGCCAGCAGCCACUGGCCAUGGCGGGGCCCCGGGGCCGCCUCCUACUCUGCCUCCUGACCUUCUGCCUAGCAGGCUCCAGCAUCACCAGAGGGCAGAAGGUGCGGUCCAGACACUGCGAUGUGAAGACCAAGUUUGUCACUCAUGUACCCUGCACCACGUGCGCUGCCAUCAAGAAGCGGGUGUGUCCCUCAGGCUGGCUUGCGGCGUUCCCAGAGAAGAUAUCACAGGACUGCCGCUAUGAGGUGCAGCUGGGGGACUCUCUGGUGUCCAUGAGCGGCUGCAGCCUGGAAUGCUGGAAGGACAUGGUGCAGAAGGCCUGCUGCCCUGGCUACUGGGGGUCCCAGUGCUACGAGUGCCCUGGGGGUGCAGAGACCCCAUGCAAUGGCCAUGGGACCUGCCUGGAUGGCAUAGACAGGAACGGGACCUGCGUCUGCCAGGAAAACUUCAGUGGUUCAGCCUGCCAGGAGUGUCAAGAUCCCAACAGGUUUGGGCCUGACUGCCAGUCAGUGUGCAACUGUGUGCAUGGCGUGUGCAGACGUGGGCCACUCGGGGAUGGAAGCUGCCUGUGCUUUGCUGGAUACACUGGACCCCACUGUGACCAAGAACUGCCCGUGUGCCAGGCCCUGCACUGUCCCCAGAAUUCCCAGUGUUCUGCAGAGGCCCCCACCUGCAGCUGCCUGCCUGGCCACACCCGGCAGGGCAGCGAAUGCCGAGCGCCUGACCCCUGCCGGCCAUCACCCUGCUCCCCAUUGGCCCAGUGCUCAGUGAGCCCCAGUGGGCAGGCACAGUGUCGCUGCCCCAAGAACUACCAUGGUGACGGGAUGGUGUGUCUACCCCAGGACCCGUGCAACACCAACAAUGGUGGCUGCCCCAUCAACUCCACUUCGUGUCUGUACCAGGGGCCGGGCAAGGCCUCUUGCACGUGUAAGCCAGGCCUGGUCAGCAUCAACCACAAUGCUUCCGCGGGCUGCGUUGCCUACUGCUUCCCCUACUCCUGUGAUCGGUCAGCUACCUGCCAGGUGACCCCUGAUGGGAAGACCAGCUGUGUGUGCAAGGAGGGCCAGGUGGGGGAUGGGCGUGCCUGCUACGGACACCUGCUUCACGAGGUGCAGAAGGCCACCCCGAUAAGGGCCGUGUUCCUGGGGCUGAGAGCCGCCCUCUCCAUGCUGGACCAGGGCUGCCGGGAGAUCGUCACCACGUCAGGCCCGUUCACUGUGCUCGUGCCGUCCCUCUCCUCCAUCAACUCCAGGACCAUGAAUGCAUCCCUUGCCCAGAAGCUCUGCAGACAGCAUAUCAUCGCAGGGCAGCACAUACUGGAGGACUUAGGGACCCAGCAGCAAACACGCACGUGGUGGACACUGGCUGGACAGGAGAUCACCGUCACUUUCAACCGCUUCAUGAAAUACACCUACAAAUACAAAGACCUGCCCCAGCAGACAUUCACCAUCCACAAGGCCAACUACCCGGCAACUAACGGCGUCUUCCACAUGGUCACUGCCCUGCGGUGGCAGCCCCCACCAGAGCUCCCUGAGGACCCCAAGAAAACCAUCGGCCAGAUCCUUGCCUCCACUGAGGCCUUCAGUCGGUUUGAAACCAUCCUGGAGAAUUGUGGGCUGCCCUCCAUCCUGGACGGACCUGGGCCCUUCACAGUCUUUGCCCCAAGCAACGAGGCUGUGGACAACUUGCGUGACGGCCGCCUGAUCUACCUCUUCACAACAGGUCUCUCCAAACUGCAAGAGCUGGUGAGGUACCACAUCUAUGGCCACGGCCAGCUCACCAUUGAGAAGCUCAUAUCCAAGGGCCGGGUCCUGACCAUGGCAAACCAGGUCCUGGCUGUGAAUAUCUCCGAGGAGGGACGCAUCCUGCUGGGACCUGAGGGGGUCCCGCUGCGGAGAGUGGACGUGCUGGCGGCCAAUGGUGUGAUCCACAUGCUGGAGGGCAUCUUGCUGCCCCCAACCAUCCUGCCCAUCCUGCCCAAGCACUGCAGCCAGGAGCAGCACCAGAUCGUGGUGGGCUCCUGUGUGGACUGCCAAGCCCUGAACACCACCAACACGUGCCCCCCUAACAGCGUGAAGCUGGACAUCUCCCCUGAGGAGUGUGUCUACGUCCAUGACCCUACUGGGCUCAACGUCCUGAAGAAGGGCUGCGCCCGCUACUGCAACCAAACCAUCCUGAAACCUGGCUGCUGCAAAGGGUUUUUCGGGCCUGACUGUGCACAAUGUCCUGGGGGCUUCUCCAACCCCUGCUAUGGCAAAGGCAACUGCAGCGAUGGGGUCCAGGGCAAUGGGGCCUGCCUCUGCUUCCCGGACUACAAGGGCAUUGCCUGCCACAUCUGCUCCAACCCAAACAAGCAUGGAGACCAGUGCCAGGAAGACUGCGGCUGUGUCCAUGGUCUAUGUGACAAUCGUCCAGGCAGUGGGGGUGUGUGCCAGGGCGGCACAUGUGACCCAGGUUUCAGCGGCCGCUUCUGCAACGAGUCCACAGAGAGCUGUGGACCCACAGAGCAGGCCCAGAACUGCCACCUGCAUGCCCGCUGUGUUAGCCAGGGGGGCAUCGCCAGGUGUCUUUGUCUCGAUGGCUUUGAGGGUGAUGGCUUCUCCUGCACACCCAGCAACCCCUGCUCCCACCCAGACCGUGGUGGCUGCUCUGAGAACGCUGAGUGUGUCCCUGGGACCCUGGGCACCCACCACUGCACAUGCCACAAAGGUUGGAGCGGGGAUGGCCGCAUCUGCGUCGCCAUCGAUGAGUGUGAGCUGGAUGCGCGAGGUGGCUGCCACGCUGACGCCCUCUGCAGCUAUGUGGGUCCCGGGCAGAGCCGGUGCACCUGCAAGCUGGGAUUCGCUGGGGAUGGCUAUGUGUGUAGCCCUAUCGACCCUUGCAGGGCAGGCAACGGUGGCUGCCAUGACCUGGCCACCUGCCAAGCAGUGGGGGGAGGUCAGCGGGUCUGCAGAUGCCCCCCUGGCUAUGGGGGUGAUGGCUUCAGCUGCUACGGAGACAUCUUCCGGGAGCUGGAGGCAAAUGCCCACUUCUCCGUCUUCUACCAGUGGAUCAAGAGAGCCAGCAUCACUCUUCCUGCUGGCAAGAACGUCACAGCCCUGGUGCCCUCUGAGUCUGCCAUCCGUCGGCUGAGCCCCGAGGACCACGCCUUCUGGAUGCAGCCAAGGAUGCUGCCACAACUGGUCAGGGCCCAUUUUCUCCAGGGUGCCUUCUCUGAGGAGGAGCUGGCCCAGCUGGGCGGGCAGGCUGUCACCACCCUGCACCCCACCACACGCUGGGAGAUUCACAACAUCAGUGGGAGGGUCUGGGUGCAGAAUGUUAGCGUGGAUGUGGCUGACCUCCUUGCCACCAACGGUGUCCUACAUGUCCUCAGCCAGGUCCUUCUGCCUCCAAGACAGGGCAUGCUGGCUGGGAAGGGGUUGCUGCAGCAGCUGGACUCAGUGCCUGCCUUCCGCCUCUUCCGGGAGCUACUGCAGCACCACGGCCUGGUGUCCCAGAUUGAGGCUGCCACGGCCUACACCAUCUUCGUGCCCACAAACCACUCUCUGGAGGCCCAGGGCAACAGCAGCAGCCUGGAUGCAGACGCAGUGCGACACCACGUGGUCCUGGGGGAGGCGCUCUCUUCAGAAGCCCUGCGGAGGGGUGGACACCGCAACUCCCUCCUGGGCCCCGCCCACUGGCUUGUCUUCUACAACCACAGUGGCCAGCCUGAGGUGAACCAUGUGCCGCUGGAAGGACCUGUGCUGGAGGCCCCUGGCCGCUCACUAUUUGGCAUUUCGGGGGUCCUGACGGUGGGCUCAAGCCGCUGCCUCCACAGCCACGCUGAGGCCCUGCGGGAGAAAUGUAUAAACUGCACCCGGAAAUUCCGCUGCACUCAGGGCUACCAGCUGGAGGACACCCCCAGGAAGAGCUGCGUUUACCGAUCUGGCUAUUCCUUCUCCCGGGGCUGUUCUUACACAUGUGCCAAGAAGAUCCAGGUGCCUGACUGCUGCCCCGGUUUCUUUGGCACACUGUGUGAGCCAUGCCCGGGGGGUCUGGGUGGGGUGUGCUCGGGCCACGGACAGUGCCAGGACAGGCUCCUGGGCAGUGGGGAGUGCCGCUGCCAAGAGGGCUUCCAUGGAACGGCCUGUGAGAUGUGUGAGCUGGGCCGCUACGGGCCCAACUGCACUGGAGUGUGUAACUGUGCCCACGGGCUGUGCCAGGACGGGCUGCGAGGGGAUGGAAGCUGUGUCUGUAAUGUGGGCUGGCAGGGCCACCGCUGUGACCAGAAAAUCACUGGCCCUCACUGCACAAAGAAGUGUGAUCCCAAUGCCAACUGCGUACAGGACUUGGCGGCAACCCCUGCCUGCGUCUGUGCUGCGGGGUACUCAGGCAACGGCACCUACUGCUCAGAGGUGGACCCCUGUGCCCAUGACCAUGGGGGCUGCUCCCCCCAUGCCAACUGCACGAAGGUGGCGCCUGGGCAGCGGACAUGCACCUGCCAGGAUGGCUACACAGGCGAUGGAGAGCUGUGCCAGGGUGAGGCUGGGAUCCCCAACCUGGAUGUAUGUGAGGCUGAGGGUCUGGCUUCAGAUUUGGGACAGGUCUCCUGCAGCUGCCGUGAAGGUUACAGUGGCGACGGCAUCCGGGUCUGUGCGCUCCUGGACCCCUGUUCCCAGAGUAAUGGAGGCUGCAGCCCCUAUGCCGUGUGCAAAAGCAUAGGGGAUGGCCAGAGGACAUGCACCUGUGAUACAGCCCACACCGUGGGUGAUGGUUUCAUCUGCCGUGCCCGGGUCAGCCUGGAGCUCCUUCGGGACAGGCAUGCCUCCUUCUUCAGCCUCCACCUCCUGAAAUUCAAUGAGCUCAAGGGCAACGGGCCUUUCACAAUUUUCGUGCCACACGCAGAUCUAAUGACCAACGUGUCGCAGGAUGAGCUGGCCCGGAUUGGAGCCCAUCGCCAGCUGGUGUUCCGCUACCACGUGGUCGGGUGCCGGCAGAUGCGGAGCCAGGAUCUGCUGGAGGAGGGCUACGUAACCACGCUCUCCGGGCACCCGCUGCGCUUCAGCGAGAGGGAGGUGAGCAUAUAUCUCAAUGACUUUGCACGAGUGGUAAGCAGUGACCACCAGGCAGUGAACGGUAUCCUGCAUUUCAUCGACCGUGUCCUGCUGCCGCCAGAAGUGCUACACUGGGAGCCUGACGCUGCCCCGAUCCUGAGGAGAAAUAUCACUGCUGCCGCGGAUAGCUUUGGUUACAAGAUUUUCAGCGGUCUUGUGAAGGUGGCUGGUCUCCUGCCCCUGCUUCGAGAUGUGUCCCAUAGGCCUUUCACAAUGCUGUGGCCAACAGACUCUGCCCUGCAAGCCCUGCCACCUGAUCGCCAGGCCUGGCUGUACCAUGAGGACCACCGUGACAAGCUGGCAGCCAUUCUGCGGGGCCAUGUGAUCCGCAACAUCGAGGCCUUGGCAUCUGACCUGCCCAAUCUGGGCCCACUCCGCACCAUGCAUGGAACCCCUAUCUCCUUCUCCUGCAGCCGUGCCCGGCCGGGUGAGCUCAUGGUGGGUGAGGAUGACGCCCGCAUUGUGCAGCGGCACCUGCCCUUUGAGGGUGGCCUGGCCUACGGCAUCGACCAGCUGCUGGAACCACCUGGCCUUGGUGCCCGCUGUGACCGCUUUGAGACUCGGCCAGUGUGGCUGACGAUUUGCAGCAUCUGUGGGCGGGAACCACCCUGUCCUGAGGGCUCACACGAGCAGGGCAGCCCCCAGACCUGCUGGCGCUACUACUCAAAGAUCUGGACGUCCCCUCUACGCCCCUUGGCACUGCGCAGCAUUUGGGGCCAGCCUCAUCAAGGUCUGGGCAGGGGCUGCCACCGCAACUGUGUCACCACCACCUGGAAACCCAGCUGCUGCCCUGGUCACUAUGGCAGUGAGUGCCGAGCUUGCCCUGGGGGUGCCAGCCACCCUUGUAGUGACCAUGGUCUGUGCAUGGACGGCAUGAGCGGCAGCGGGCAGUGUAGGUGCCAUUCGGGGUUUGCUGGAACAGCAUGUGAACUCUGUGCCCCGGGGGCCUUCGGGCCUCUUUGCCAAGCCUGCCGCUGCACCUCUCAUGGCCACUGUGAUGAGGGCCUCGGGGGCUCCGGCUCCUGCUUCUGUGAUGAGGGCUGGACUGGGCCACGCUGCGAGGUGCAGCUGGAGCUGCAGCCUGUGUGUGCCCCACCCUGUGCACCCCAGGCAGUGUGCCGUGCGGGCAACAGUUGCGAGUGCAGCCUGGGCUAUGAAGGGGAUGGCCGCAUGUGCACAGUGGUGGACCUGUGCCAGGAUGGGCAUGGUGGCUGCAGUGAGCAUGCCAACUGCAGCCAGGUAGGCACAGUGGUCAACUGCACCUGCCUCCCAGACUACGAGGGUGAUGGCUGGAGCUGCCGGGCCCGCAACCCCUGUGAAGAUGGCCACCGUGGGGGCUGCAGUGAGCAUGCUGACUGCCUAAGCACUGGCCCGAACACACGACGCUGUGUGUGCCAUGCUGGCUAUGUGGGUGAUGGACUGCAGUGUCUGGAGGAGCCUGAGCCACCUGAGGACCGCUGCCUGGGCCAGUCCCCACCCUGUCACGUGGAUGCUGUGUGCACGGACCUGCACUUCCAAGAAAAACGGGCUGGUGUCUUCCACCUUCAGGCCACCAGUGGCCCUUACAGUCUGAACUUCUCAGAGGCUGAGGUGGCAUGUGGGGCCCAGGGAGCUGUCCUUGCUUCUCUCCCUCAGCUCUCUGCUGCCCAGCAGCUGGGCUUCCACCUGUGUCUUGUGGGCUGGCUGGCCAAUGGCUCGGCUGCCCACCCCGUUGUCUUCCCUUCGGCGGACUGUGGUGAUGGUCAGGUGGGCGUCGUCAGCCUGGGCACCCGGAAGAAUCUGUCGGAGUGCUGGGAUGCCUACUGUUACCGUGUGCAAGACGUGGCCUGCCGGUGCCGCGAUGGCUUUGUGGGUGACGGGACCAGCACAUGCAACGGGAAGCUGCUUGAUGUACUGGCUGCCACUGCCAACUUCUCCACCUUCUAUGGGAUGCUGCUGGGCUAUGCCAAUGCCACUCCUCGAGGUCUUGACUUCCUAGAUUUCCUGGACGAUGAACUCACCUACAAGACACUUUUUGUCCCUGUCAAUGAAGGCUUUGUGGAUAACAUGACACUGAGUGGCCCAGACCUGGAACUGCACGCCUCCAAUGCCACCCUCCUGAGCUCCAACAUCAGCAAGGGUACCUUGCUCCCCUCCCACUCGGGCCUCAGCCUUGUCAUUAGUGAUGUGGGCCCUGACAACAGUUCUUGGGCCCCUGUGGCCCCAGGAGCAGUUGUGGUUAGUGGCGUCAUCGUGUGGGACAUCAUCGCAUUCAAUGGUAUCAUCCAUGCUCUGGCCAGCCCCCUCCUGGCACCCCCACAGCCUCGGGCAGUGGUAGCACCUGAGGGCCCACCCGUGGCAGCAGGUGUGGGAGCUGUGGUAGCUGCUGCAACACUGCUGGGCCUGGUGGCUGGAGCCGUAUACUUCCGUGCACGAGGCAGGGCCACAGGCUUUGGCUUCUCUGCCUUCCAGGCAGAAGAUGACGCUGAUGACGACUUCUCCCCAUGGCAGGAAGGGGCCAGCCCAACCCUGGUCUCUGUCCCCAACCCGGUCUUUGGCAGCCAUGAUGCCUUUUGUGAGCCCUUUGAUGACUCAGUCCUGGAGGACGACUUUCCUGACACCCAGAGGAUCCUCGCGGUUAAGUGACGCGGCUGGGGCUGAAGCAGAGGCACGAGCAGAAGGCCACCACUUUAUUGCCUGUGUGGACAAUGCCCAGAGUGGGUGGGGCAGGAAAAUAAAGUUGCCUUCAGCGGA